UCAGCACUGGUUUUCUCUCGGCUUUCUCUCCUCGACCGAACAAGGUGUGUGCGUUGCGUGCCCUGUUACUAGUUUCCAAUUUUUUCAUAAAAGUUUCAAAGUCGAAGAGAAAACGUCCAUUUUGGUAUAAAAGUAUCGUAACUAGUUUUCGGUAGUGAUCGGCCAUAAAGUUAAGCAAAAAACGAAACUCAACGGAACGUAAAGUGAACGGUAAAGUGUGAUAUUCAUUCAACUGGAAUUUUUCACUUAAGAUCGCCAUCUUUUUUUUUAAUCACCGUCGCGUGGCGCCCCAAAGCGGAGCACUAGUGCAGCAGGCAGUAGCACCACAAGUUUUCCUCAUCAACCCACCCCACCAUAAUAGCAUUGUUGCACAUGAAAAUUUGUUGAUCGUGAGGUACAUAUCGUGGAGGAAACACAGUGCAGCGCAUUAAAAGCCCAGGGAGAAGGAAAUUUAAUCGCAGUGAGUGAAUAGUUGAAGCAGUAUUGUUCCCCCCUCUAACUUGUUCGGGUCGAGCUUCCGAGGAAGAGAAAGUACGAGAAGGAAAUUUGAAUAAAAAGAUAAUCAAUAUGCAGUUCCAAGGCAACGGUCAACCCCACCCAGGAGGUUUCCGUCCACGUAGUGAAAAGCCGGAUUUCUAUGGAGGAGCAGGCGGCGGACCCGGCGGUAAGCCCCACUUCAUGAACAAACCUGGUGGUCCACCGUCGAUCCCUCCAUUCAACCCGAAUGGCUUCGGAGGACCGAAACCGAUGUACGGCAACGGCCCGAACGGACCUUCCGGAGGGCCAGGUGGUUUCAACAAAUUUCGCAACAAUAAUUUCGGUGGACCCGUUGGUGUCGGUGGAAUGCCGAUGAAGAAAGAUUUUGGAGGACCGAAAAUGUACAGUGGCCCGGGAAUGAAUGGCGGCGGAAAACCCUUUUUCGAUAAACCCAUGGAUUCGUUCGGAGGACCGAAGAAGUAUAAUUCGAUGCCAAGCUCGUAUGGUAACAGAAAUGGAUAUGGUCCAAAACCAGAUUUUAACAACAUGAGCAAAGAAGAUCGUGCCAAGAUCCAAUCAUUGAAGGCUAAAUUCCCUGGACAGGGUCUAGUGGCUCCAAUCUGGGAGAAUCUGGAACCAUUCCAGAAAGAUUUUUACGUGCCGCAUCCAGACGUCUUGACCCGCACUCAAGAAGAGGUGCAAGCAUUCCGCGAAGAUAUGCAAGUCACUGUUAUGGGUAACAGUGUACCACAUCCGGCUCAAAAUUUCGAGGAAGGAAACUUCCCAGAUUUUGUAAUGAACGAAAUCAGUAAACAAGGAUUUCCUGCUCCUACCGCCAUCCAGGCUCAGGGUUGGCCAAUUGCUCUUUCUGGUCGAGAUCUGGUAGGAAUUGCUCAGACUGGUUCUGGGAAGACUCUGGCUUACAUGCUACCGGCCAUCGUACAUAUCGCCAAUCAGAAACCGUUGCAACGUGGUGAAGGUCCCAUCGUUCUCGUGCUCGCCCCGACACGUGAACUCGCACAACAAAUCCAAACCGUUGUUAGGGAUUUCGGCAUUCAUUCGAAACCACAGAUCCGCUACACCUGCAUUUUCGGUGGAGCGUUAAAAGGACCACAAGUUCGCGAUUUGGAGCGUGGCGUUGAAGUGGUGAUUGCCACCCCAGGACGUCUGAUUGACUUUCUCGAGCGAGGCAUUACCAACUUGCGCCGAUGCACCUAUCUGGUGUUGGACGAAGCAGAUCGGAUGCUGGACAUGGGUUUCGAACCACAGAUUCGCAAGAUUAUCGAGCAAAUCCGACCGGAUCGACAAGUGUUGAUGUGGUCUGCCACCUGGCCAAAGGAGGUACAGGCUUUGGCAGAAGAUUUCCUCGAUGACUACAUUCAAAUCAAUGUGGGAUCUUUGAAUCUAUCCGCGAAUCACAACAUUCAUCAAAUUGUUGAAAUUUGCGAAGAAAGUGAUAAAGAAGGUAAACUUCUUGGACUGCUAAAGGAAAUCGCAAGCGACGCGAAUAAUAAAAUAAUUAUCUUCGUGGAAACCAAGAAAAAAGUGGAAGAUCUUUUGAAGAAUAUUGUAAGAGAUGGCUACGGAGCGACUUCGAUCCAUGGUGAUAAGUCACAGUCGGAGCGCGAUUAUGUUCUGCAGGACUUCCGACAUGGCAAGAGUACCAUACUGGUUGCGACGGACGUCGCAGCGAGAGGUCUGGAUGUCGAGGACGUGAAAUAUGUAAUCAAUUUUGAUUAUCCGAACUCUUCGGAAGAUUACAUCCACAGGAUCGGACGCACCGGGCGGUGUUCUUCAUUCGGUACAGCGUAUACAUUUUUCACGCCCGGAAACGGACGUCAGGCACGGGAGUUGCUUUCGGUAUUAGAAGAAGCCGGUCAGCAGCCGAAUUCAGAAUUGAUUGAAAUGGCCAAGCAGGUACCCGGAGGAAAGGGUGGACGAUGCCGAUACAAUGUUCGCGGAGCUUUGACAUCUAUGAACGGAUACGGUCGGAUAGACCAACAGAACGGCUUCGGUGGUGGACGAAUGUUCCAGAAGAAACCAUUUGAGAACAGAUACGGAGCUCCUCCCGGUGGUAGCCCAGGAGGAAAUCGCUUUAAUAACAUGAACAAUUUGAACAAAUUCGGUGGACCGGGCGGAUAUCGUGGUGGUGAUAGCUGGAAUAAGAAUGGCGGUGGCGGUGGUGGUUACCAGCAGCAACCACAGCCGCAGUCGCAGCAGCCACAAUCGGGAGGUCAACAACAACAGAUGUAUGAACCGCAUCAGCAAAUGCGAUUCCAUCAGAAGAAUAUUUAUCAGAAUCACAAUCAAUAUGAAGAUUUUUCCAACCAAAUGGUGGGAGGUGCUCCGCAAGCAUUCAAUGCACAUAACGGAACUCGUUUCUAUCAGAGCAAACCUCAUCAGGGAGCUGGUGGAAUGCAGCAAUCUCAACCAGGUGGUCGCUACAAUAUAACGAAUCAGUACAGCGCCGACGGUGGACCGAAACCAGCCGGCGCUCGUCCGCCCUAUCAACCGAAGCAGCAGUACAGCAACAACUAUGCUUCAGCUGGCACUGGUAAUCCUUAUCCAGCACAGCUGGCGGCCGCUGCAGCAGCUGCUGCUGCCGCUGCUGGUGGAGGACAAACGAUUCCGGCAGCAGGAUUUGCAACCGGCUAUGAUCCACUCGGUGGGGUACAGGGGGCCAUGGGCACUUUUGCAUCGUCGUAUCAAAUUCCGACCGCUCCGGCUUACUACUCGUACCCGGCAACGACAGCCCCUCCACCACAAACCCAAGCUCCACCGGUGGUCCCAGCCGUUCAGCAAGCUGACGAUGGUCGACAGAUGGGUUCGUACUCACCAGCCGGUAUGAUAGCGUGUCAGUUGGUGUCGGUAGAGGACUAUCCUCACGGGUGUUAAGUAGGUAGCGAUGAAUACAGAAUACAUUGUCCCUAGUGAUGUGACCGUUUGGUAAAAAUUGUGAUUCUCCCGUACAAUUUUCCGUGCAAAUGGACAAGCUCUUCAAAACAGGGUUUCGGCUCUUGGAAUUAGCUGGUUCACUUUUGAUUGUCCGAAAAAAAAACAAAUGUAGGAUUUUGUUUAUAACUAACUGUUCAAUUUAUACCAAUACCAAUUUAUACCUAAAAUUGUUCUACAUGCAGAAUUCGAAUAGAGAACCAGAAGCGAAUUGUACAACUUUGAGUAGUAUGUGCUGGGCACGAUAAAUUGCAUCAGCGACAUUGAUCGACAUGUUUCUGAAAGUAGACAUUGAAAUCCGAAAAACAUUCAUAUUUUUCGAGAGAAUCUCUGAGAUGAGUAAUCAUAAAUUGAUGCAAUCUUUUUGUUAAAUAAUUGCAUGGUUUACUGCGUGGUAACUUCUCUGCUCUUUACGUGUAUUUUCCGUUUAAACUUGAUAUCUGAUGAAAACGUUUGUAAAAAUUUAAAAAAAUGAGCGAUGAAGAAACCAUUUUUUGCUUUAAAGGUUAAGAUUUUCUCGCCGACAAUCAAGUUUUUUUUGUCAGAGCACUUAUUUAUAGGGAAUGGUGGAUUCAUGGUACUGUAGAAAUAUUGAGUCCGAAAUUUUUUGAUUCGUGCAUAUUAUUCUCCUCUAUCACUUUGGAUGAAGAAAAUUUAAAAGUAAUACCUUCUUUUGUCAUAAAUUUUCAAAUAUUCUGUUAAUACUGUUUAACCUCACAAAAAUCCCUACGAUAAGGGACAAUUACGUCUUAUGGUAGAAGAAAUUAACAAAUCUAAAUAUCAGCUUUCAAAUAGGUGGAAUGCCGAACCCAUCCAACCAACAAAAAAGAAAUCAGACAAAUUGUACAAAACCAACGGCGGAAUUCCAAUGUUGACUUUGAAAUUGAAAUAGAAAAAUACGGCGAAAUGACUGUUUCAUUUUGAAAAUGUUAAAUAAAUAUUACAAUUAUUAUGGACUUGUUUAAAACGCCCAAAGAAUAAUCAGAGUAGAUUUUCUGAAUUAUGACUUUACAUAACAUUUUGUUGUCAACAUAAUUAAAUUUGGAAUAGCUUUUUCGAGCAUAUCAACUGAUUUCUCAUCAAUAACAUGUGUUCUAUUCUAGUGCUUGAAUGGAUGCGGGUUUGUAGGCAUAAAUAAGAGAUUUGAUGUACCCCCACAAAAAUAAUCCGAUACGAGUCGAAUUCACUGGUCCAGAACGAGAAAUAAAUUGCUAACCAAACUUCCAUUGUUUCGGGUGCUGUAUGGCAUGUGGCACCUUCUUGUUGAAACCAAAUGUCAAUUAGAUUCUGUUCUUUAAUUUUGGGCAAGAAAAAGUCGAAAAUCAUCGAACUAUAGCGUACACCAUUGGAGGAGGAGGUCAAUUUCAUCCCAAACCUCAUCGGGUAUUGGGUUCUCCACCAGGAAAAAAAUAAAAUAUAUUAAAAUUUUCUAACACUUAGAUUAGUUCUCACCCAGUUGGUUGUUCAAUCAAGAAUGUUAUAUUAGUCAAGAAUUAAUUCCUAGCUAACCUGGCUUUACUAAGUAGUACAUAAAAAUCGGUCGGGUUGGCGGUUGCAUACAUAGGGUGCUGGUCUUUCAAGGCAGUUGCCGUAUAUUCGAGUCCCGACCUGGAAGGGUUCUUAGUGUCAGUAGGAUGGUAGUACUAGCCAUGCAAUGAUUCCGUACACUAAGAAUCGGCUGCGAAGGUUGUUGAAACAGAAAGGCUAAAUUCCACAAAAGGAAUGUAAUGUAAAGACUUAUUUUUAGUGAAUUGGCGUUUAAUAAGGAUAAUCAAAGUUAAUCCGUUGCAAGCCUCAAAAGCCUGUUCAAUAGGGCUAUUAUGAUGACCAUGAAAAAGUCGAAGCUCACGAAACGCCUUUUCGUUUACAGAACACCAAACAGCAAAAACGCAAUAGAAGUGAUAGUUGUGAUGAACUGUUUCAUCGAAAUAAAACUUAAUAUAUUUUGUUUACAUUUUGGCUCCUCCGCCCUUUUUUCAUGUUGGGCAUUUCUGCUUUUUAGAUUACCUAAUUUUUUCGUUAAUAUAUGAAAAAAUCUAUAAAUAUAUUAACUAAAACUUCAACGCCUGUAACGCUGCAAGAAGUUUGUUUUAAUGCUACUGCAGUCUCAUUACUUCGAUUACCUUCAGAACACAGAAUAUACCUAACAAGCACGACAUAAUUUUUGAGUAAAUUUGCACAAUGACAUGAAUCAUCUCUCUUUAUUUUCUCGUUUGCUAAUGUUCGACGUCGUUCCGCGUCGGUUUUCUAAUGGGUUUUCAAACAGCAUUUUUUAUUGAGUAUCAUCCAUUGUAAAUAGGCAAUAUCAAAAAAAUAAUAAUCUUCGUUUGAACUUCUUUGAUAAGAUAAGAUUCGAUAUCAAAUGUAACUAUUAAACUAUACCACUGAAGGUGGAUGAGUGCCCUCGUCAUUCUCAUGAACUAUAUAUUUUUAGAUCCCUCACUCAAAAUAUGAGUGGCGGUGAUUCGGUUCGCACGAACUUGAACAAAUUUUUUUUUAAUUCUUCAUAGAUAGCACCUAUUUCUGAUAGGCUAUUAUACUAAAUGAUCAAUAUGCCUGGUGACUUGUGAGGUGCGACCUUAUGUCAAAUAGACCGACUCCAUUUUCUAAUGUGCUUCGAUUCCACCGUUGCUAAAAUAAGUAGGUAAUCUAGGAGAAAAUCGCUUUAAGAAAGAAUUACUAAACAAAAGGAGGCUUUCUAACAUCCUUCCGCAAAGUUGAAUUAGUAGUAUCAGAUGCGACAUCAUUUCGUCAUUUUCCGAUCUCAAUUCUAUUCUUAAAUACAGUGGUAACUGUCUCUAAAUAAAUAUUAGCUACAUAUCGAAUACCAUACAGUGAAUGCAUCGGGUAACGGUAAUUGUAGAAGUAGGCAGUAAGAUUUUCAUAAUCGAAACAAUAGCUACUACUCAUUCAAAUGCAAUUGUGGACAAAAAAGCCCAUUGAAUUGCACAAGUACGAACCCACCCACUCGUCGCCAGCUCUUAUUUGGAAAGAUAGAUCUUUUUCAUUUUGAUAGGACACAAAAAGCUGCAAUGUCGAUCUGCAAAAUGCGCGCAGCCCUUCACAGUUAGAAAUAAAUCAAAGAAUCUUCCUGAUAACCAAUGGCACACAUGUACACGAACAGAUUAACUACCCAUCGAUGAUGUGCUGAUCGGCAGCCGACAUUUUAUAAGCUAAUCCUUCGUGAGAACGCGAGCGAAAAGAGUAAUUGUGAUGUUUUUUUUCUAAACUAAUACGUAAACACAGAAAUAACGCGAAACCAAACAAAUCACGUUAAGUGUUUCAUCCAACAAGCAUCGCACCCUGCUGCUGUGCGGUGGUGAUUACAAAUUACAAAGGAAACCUGAAGUUGCAUCUUCAAAGUGCGAAAAAGAAGUAGAAGAAUAGGGAAGAAGCUUAUAACUGAUAGGAGCUAGAAAGAUAAGAAAUCAUAAAUGAGAGUAUCUAACUUAUACGAACACUGUAGAGAUGCCGAGCACUUGCAAACUUCCUUGAUAUAGAUGGAAAUAAUAUACAACACAAGUUACGUGAAAGUUGAUGAUGAAAUUAAAUCAGAACGAUAAUGAUUCACAGAAGCAGAAAGGGAACCACAAUCAAUAGUUCAACAAACAUAAAAAAAGAAACAGACACAAUGAAGGCAAGAGACUUGAAAACUUUUUUGUUUUAUUUACUCAAAUUUGUGAUAUUCGUCGAUUUUCGUUUGUUAAGUUACUAGAGAAACAUGUUUAAUCGAGAAAAGCGAACAGCGCGAAUUAAAUACGUUUUUAGGUUCUAACCGUGAUUCGCAGUGUUGCGAAGUCCGUAUCUCGUUCUAAUAAACUACGUAGUAAUUUUUAGAGGUCACAUUCCUUUAAAACAUACGUCCAUUGUUCACCGAGAGACUAGGGACGGCUAUGGUCCCUGUGGUGCUCUCGAAUGCAAUGGGAUCUCUCUCAUUAAACUCACUUCAGUACCUGUUGUUUAAGGAAAAGCAUGCAGGAGAACAAAACAUAGUGAAAGAAAACAAGCGAAUGAUUGAUAAGACGAAUUUUAAUUUAGGCAUCAAUUUGAAAUGAUACGAUAUUAUUGAACCUGUUUCAAAAAUAAAAAUGAUGGACAAACAGUAAUCAACAGUCGUCAGUUGAAGGCAGUAGUAAUUAAACAAAGAUAAAAUCGCAAGCGAAACAAGGAUUUCCUUCACACCAAUCUAGUCCGAUUCACUGUUGUUUUUAUUUGUAUUUUUUAAAUAUAUAUUUUCCUGCAUGGGAAAAUUCAAAAUGUGAUAAAACAAAUCGGGCAGCCACCAAGUGUCGGUGGUAGCACAGACAUUAAAUCUGAUUUUUUUUUUGUACAGAAAAAUGAAGAGAUGAGACUCAAUUCUCGUUAAAGACGCGAAAAAUUGAAAAACAGGUACUAGCAAAAACCGAACUUUAAGCUAUUUAGGAAAAGAGAAAACGCGAUAACAUGGUUAGAUGUAAGUGGAAGCUCAUUGCGUUGUUUUCCUGAACGCUAAACAGUAUUUUCACGUGCAAACCCCCAAUUGUUAUUAAAUAGCAAUCGUGUGAUAUUUAAUAACAAAUUAGACUCAAAAAGAAAAGGAAAAAUAAUCCCAUAAUCGAAUUGCCUUUAAUGAACUGUGAUCGAUAUCAAAUCUCGUCUCGUUCCUUUUUCUCAUCACUUCGUUGUGUAAGGACAAAAUCGCAACUAAGAGGAGAAACUCAUUUUUACACGCUCUCAUUUGUUACAUCAUCUACAAUUAACUCCUUUUGUUGUUUUACAAGGCUAAUAAGUACUAGAACAAUACAUUCGUGUGUGAUUCGGAGUUGUUUAUACUCUGGCUGACUGAUUAUUGUUGUUUAGAACUACUAGUUAGAAAGUGACACAAUACAUUUAAUUGAAAUAAAGAAAUGUAUGCCAAAAGUAUUCAUAUUGAUACAAAAGAGAAAAAAUAAACUGAUAAAAUUAUGUUUAAAAAGAAAAAAUUAAAAUUCGUCAAAUUGUUCCUAAAAAGCCACACGCGGUUUAAUUUUAGUUUUCUUUAAGCUAGAAUCGUUAAACAAAAACAAUACAUUGAGAAAAAUCUGAGCUUCUCUCGAUACCUGUGACAAACACAAAUGACAUGCAAUAAAACAAAAAAGUUAACCUCAAAUUUUCUUUCAUGUAACAAGAGUUAAGUCCAUGCCUCGAUAGUCUCGCUUGUCAAUUGAACCUAGAAUACAUUAAAUUUGUUUUCGAUUCUGCAGUUACACAAACAUUCGCGCAAACCAAAUCGUUGCCAGAUUUGUGCUGUUGCACUUUUUCAGGUGACACUGCUGUGAUCCAUUUGAUAAGAAUUACACUUAUAGAGAAUGCAGAAGUAAACAAGUGAACAUGGGAAAAAGGAUAAGACAAAAAUCAACUUGAGAAAAAUAAAAAUCUCGCAUCUGUGAAACGACGACGACCGAAUUAACAACACUUACAGAUACAAAUCAAUCGGGUAACUUUGUAAUAUUGUUGUAUAAGCCAGACGGUAGGUCUAUUGAAAAUCAUCCAUGUUUUCCAGUAGAUAAAUUCUUGUGCAAAUUUCAUGCAACAGGAAUCCGAAGCGAAUGAAUAAUACAAUGAAUUUUAUUAUUAACGAAAUAUGAACGCUCGCCUCUCUAAAUCAAAAUCAAGAGACAAACAUACGAAACGAGGGAAAAUCGAAACAAAAAUAGGGAGAAACAAUUUUUAUUUACAUACAUAGGGAAAGAAUCGUUAAUUUUUUUUGUGAUGCUAUUUUUCACACAAUCUACAUUUUUCCUAACAAACGCAGCACAUUAUGCGGAGGUAGAAAGUAAAUACAUUUAUUUUUAUUUGAAAAUGCAUAAAGCACGUGUCACGACGAAAGAACACGUUUUCCGAUAACCAUUGCGAAUGGUAAUUAAUUUCUUUUCCCCCCGGAUAAUCUUCAUUACAUAACUGCUUAGAAGAUUUCGAAGAAAAUUAAUGUAAUUGUUUGAUGAACAUUAGUAACUAAUAAAAUAUCAUAUUUAAUGGCAAA